AUUCUGCAAUUUUCCUUGGGCGAGAAAUGCAGCACAAGCUCACGUCUAGAGUCUUCUCAAAACAGUGUGAAGUGGUGUGUGCGCUUUAAAAAUGUAGUUAGGUAAUACUCACACACUGCGCCCAUUAGAAAGACUCACGCUUUUCUUCAUCUCAAGUAAACAGGAUUUAAGAGCGCACAACCAGACUUCUCUAAGUCCAAGCAUGCCAGAUUCUGCAACGAGUGAUCCUGGUUCAAGGGUAUUUGACCCUCAACAUUCCCAGAACCUCCUCAGAGUUCUUCGUACCUUCUGGCAAGAGCAAAGCUUCCAUGAUGCACUGCUGGUGGUGGACAGUGAGGAGCUUCCUGUCCAGAAAAACAUCCUGGCUGCAGCCAGCCCUUAUAUUCGGACCAAACUGAACUACAAUCCUCCAAAAGAAGAUGGGUCAACCUACAGAAUUGAACUACAGGGGGUCUCUAUGCCCAUCAUGAAACAGAUUCUGGACUACAUCUUCAGUGGUGAAAUCACUUUGAGUGAAGGGACCAUCCAGGACAUGGUGCAGGCAUCUGACCUGCUUCUCAUGACUGAGCUCAAGUUGCUGUGUUGCCAGUUCCUUGAAAGCUGCAUCACAGCAGAGAACUGUAUUGGCAUCCGUCUUUUCUCCCUCCAUUACUGCCUGCACCACGUCCACUACGCUGCCAUGGAGUACUUGCACACGCAUUUCCGCGAUGUGGCACUGACAGAGGAGUUCAGGGAGUUGCCACCUGACAGACUAUGUGAGGUGCUGUCUGAGGAGAAGCUUAACGUCGGCAAUGAAAAGCAUGUGCUGGAGGCUGUGGUGCGAUGGUUAGCCCACGACCCGGAAUCUCGCAGGGUGCACAUGAGGGAAGUGAUGUCUGCAGUGUGGUUGCAAGGCUUAGAUGUGAGCUACCUGAGAGAACAGGCCUUGGGGGAGCCGCUGAUGAGAGAGGUGAUCAGAGAGCACUGUCAGCCAGUGCUAGAAGAGAGUCAGCUGCAAGGCGAAGCACUUCUUGCUGCUUUCAAGCCUCGAGGUUACUCCGAGUGCAUUGUUGUUGUUGGCGGAGAGGAUCGUAGGACCAGGAAACCCACAGCUCUGACUCGCUGCAUGUGUCCACUCUAUGACACCAACAGACAAGCCUGGAUUGAGCUGCAGCCUAUGAGCAUUGCCCGUGUAGGCCAUGGGGUGGUCGCAGCUGAGGGAUUUCUAUUUGUGGUGGGUGGAACAGAUGAGAACAAUAUCGUCUUGAGCACUGGUGAGAAGUAUGACCCAGACUCUAAUACAUGGAGCCCUAUACCCACAAUGUUACAGACUCGUCAGAACUUUGGCGUGGUGGAGCUGGAUGGUCUGAUUUAUAUUCUUGGCGGGGAGAAUGCAGAAAGUGAACUGACCACUGUAGAGGUGUUUGACCCUCAUGUCAAUACCUGGAAGAUGCAGACCAGUAUGACCAUGAUCCGCAAGGUGGGUUGCUAUGCCUCCAUGAAUAAGAAGAUUUAUGCCAUGGGUGGGGGUUCCUAUGGGAAACUUUUCGACUCCGUUGAAUGCUUUGACCCCAAAACCCAGCAAUGGACAGGCCUCUGUCCUCUCAAGGAGAGAAGGUUUGGAUCAGUGGCGUGUGGCAUCGGUAAGGAGCUCUACGUGUUUGGUGGGGUGAGAAGUCAAGAAAACGACAACCCAGAGCAACGUCAUAUGAUGACCUGCAAGUCUGAAUUCUACCAUGAUGACAUGAGGCGGUGGAUGUUCCUAGAUGACCAAAACCUGUGUAUCCAGACGAGCUCAUCAUUUGUCUACGGUGCCGUUCCCAUUGGAGCCAGCAUCUAUGUAGUGGGAGACCUGGACACUGGUACCAGUUUCGACUACAUCCGUGAGUUCCGCCGUAGCACAGGGACCUGGCAUCGUACCAAGCCGAUGUUAGCCAGCGACCUCUCCAAAACGACCUGCGCCGCCCUGCGGAUCGCCAACUGUCGUCUGUUUCGCCUUCAGUUGAGCCAAGGCAUGUUUCGAAUCAGAGUUUGAAUUGAGGAAGACCAAACCAGCUGCUGCUGUACAUCACUCUUUCACUUUUGCACACUUGUAAUGUCCACGACUCCACCCACAUAUUACCUGGGUUUAGGGAAUUUAUAAACACUGAAGUAUUAAGUGGCUAACUAUGCUUGUUACUCUCUGUUUUAGGGAGACUUUUUUGCUGUACAUUUGCUGCGUAACUUGGUGGGAAGGAAGGUUAAACUCAGCAAUUUACAGUAAUUGUUUACUUUUUUAGGGUGAUGUUUUAUUGGUCUAGUUUAUCAUUUGCUUUGAUCAAAUGGUUUAUUUUUUUAACAAACUGUAUUUAAUCAUGGCUUUUAUUUAUUUUUACUAGUGGUCCACUGCUGGAUGAGGGAUUUGUGGGGGAGCAUUGAGUUAAUCAUUUUGGGUUAGCUUGUGAAGACAAUACUAAUAACAUUUUGUGAAAAUCCUGUAACGAUGUUUUGUGUUGUACUAUGUGACAAACCAUAAUUAUAAAAAACAUGCAUUGCAUGUCUAUACAUUGUUAAAAGCCAAAUGCUUCUAUCAGAACUUUUUUUAUUUCUGUAAUUGCUUUUUGUCUGCGUUGUUUUGGUCAACUCUUGUCAGUUGGCACCAGUAGGAAAUUAGGAAAAACAACUUGUUUACAGUGCACAUAAAGGAAACUUUUAUGCGGUUGCACGGCAACCAACUGGCAUAAGAUCAUCGUUUAUUUGAAAAAUAAUAAUCAUUGGAACAAGGUUGUUCCGCCUCACAGUUGAAAGGUUCUCUUUUCGAAUGUCGUCACAAGCCUUCCGUUGCAGAGUUUGCAUAUCGUCCAAAUGCUUGUGUGGUUUUUAUUCAAAUAGCUUCAGCUUCCUCCCACAUUGAAAAAACAUGCUUGGUGCAGUAGGUUAAUUAAAGACUCCAAAUGGUCUAUAGGCAUGAAUGUCAAUGUGGAUAGUUGUCCAUAUGUGGCUGUGACCCAAAUUAGGACCAGCAGUAUAGAAAAUGGAUGAAAAAAGCUAUGCCCUCAAUAAAUGGCAGCAUACCAUCAACAAUAACAAAUGCAGCAAUUUGCAUGUGUAGCACAUUCACUGCUGUCUUACUUCUACUUUUUAUUGUAUCAAGAUUGCGACUGAGUAGAGUAUAUCCACAAUGGAGAGUAUACAAAUCCUUUACUGUACUUUGUCAAAAAAUAGUGGCCCAGAUGGGUCAGAAAUAGACUUUGCCAAACGUGAAUCUUGGAGUCGUUAGAAUGGUUGUGUUUUGCUGCCUUGGUGAUUUCCAAUCCGGCUUUCCAGUCGGUACAGUUUUUCCAUCUACUGACCCUGUUUGUUUUGUAUGACUUCCAGCUGUUACUGUCUGUCCUCAACUCGGGGUCAACGCAUGCAAAGUAGACUCACUCUCAGUGAGAGUUUAUGCUGCAAUGCAAAUGUGAUAUGUAAAAAAAAGAACAUAACUCCCAUUCUCAAAUACAUGUAUUGUUAAUGAUUCCAUUUCAUUUAAAACCUUUUAAAUCUUACAAGCAUGCAGUGGUGGUGGGAAAGGAUUUGCGAUACCAAAAUUGGCAGUUGCCUUAACUAAUCUAACUUUCUGAUGAUAACGUCUGUCUGAUUACGUUAGCAUUAUUGCACUGAGGAGCCAGAACAGAGGUGUGAGUGCUGCUUUUCCCCACUUUUGCUUUUCCUUUUUUGGGGGGAUUUUUAAAUAUGAAUUCUUCUUUAUUACCAAAUGUGCACUCUAUAUUUUCCUAAUUACUAAAGUCAUGAUUCCAUAUAAAAUUCCGAUUAUCACUGCUACUGUAAAAGUCAUGAGACAGACUGACCAACUCAGUUCAGACUACAUCAAGUAACUCCCUUUGAGAAAUCAUGCCCCUCUUCAUCUGCAGUGUGGACUCAGGGGAACACAUUAAAAAAGAAUUUUCAAAAGAAUCUUUUAGCUCAACAAAGGUGGGGGUUCUUAUUUUCAUUCCAUCAUGGGUGUGCUUCUAGUAAAGAUGGCAGCAAGUCCUUUAAAACACUCUUCAAUGUUGAUGGUUUCUUCUGUUAAUGAUUCAUGAAUUAUUACAGGGGACACUAGGCAAUAGCCUGUUAAUAUUGUCCUAUCUUACCUGCUGUGUUUAAUCAGUUACUGUAACCACAGUGAUUUAUUGUACUGUUCUCCUAUAUUAGCACAUACAUACAUAAGACUAUUGUAGAUAUUAUCUUGAAACCUGACUUGUGUUAUGGAAAUGGGGAAAAACAUUUGGCUGGUCAAUAUAUAUUAUGAAUGACUAUGUUUUGUAAGAUAUGACCUGUGGUUUCUCUCAAGGGAAAUAAAAGGGCCAAAAGGAUUCACUGCAUUCGUAAUCCCUCCUAUCGUUGAAUCUUUUUUGAUGACUUUGGAUCUGUGGAUCAUUGUUUUGCUUAUCAUAUUGUACUACCUCCCAGAUGCAAAGUGACAAGCAUGCACGUCACGUCAGAUUAUGUAAUUCAGUGGUUUUGAAAUGCAAAUUGCUUGCUCCCAGCAGGCUCAUCAUCAAAGACACUGACGUGUAACACAGAACGACAAGUAAAUGGGGCGGCACGUUGGACGACUGGUUAGAGCGUCAGCCUCACAGUUCUGAGGACCCGGGUUCAAUCCCCGGCCGGCCCCGCCUGUGUGGAGUUUGCAUGUUCUCCCCGUGCCUGCGUGGGUGCCCGGCACUCCGGUUUCCUCCCACAUCCCAAAAACAUGCAUUAAUUGAAGACUCUAAAUUGCCCGUAGGUGUGACUGUGAGUGUGAAUGUUUGUUUGUGCCCUGCGAUUGGCUGGAAACCAGUUCAGGGUGUACCCCGCCUCCUGCCCGAUGAUAGCUGAGAUAGACUCCAGCACGCCCGCGACCCUAGUGAGGAGAAGCGGCUCAGAAAAUGGAUGGAUGACAAGUAAAUGGUACCAUCUGAGCCAUGCAACAGUAGAUCACAAUUUGAUUUCCAACCAUUCCUUUAGCAAAUAGUGAAAUAUCCACGAAUACAUCCAUUUAUAGUUCUCCAACAGCUUUUCCCAAAUUGAUACUGAGUGAGUAUUUAGCCGUUACAGUGUAAGUGGAAACUGUUGUUAUUGAUUUUCUGGCACACAUUUUCUUUGUAAAUGGAAUUCAGAUUUAGAUUUUUUUUUUAAACAUUUGUUGUGUUCUUUUGCAAGGUUAUGGAAAUACAAUAUGUAUUUUAUUAGGUUUUGGUGCAGUUCCUUUGUCAGGUAGUCAAAUUACAGUUGUGGUCAGUCAACUUUGUUUGAAAAUAAAAAUGCUGAGUUUUGCCUGCUUGUA